AUUAAUACUCUUUGUACUUGUUACCGCGCAGGUGUAAUGGAUAAGUGUUGCCUGUUUACUCUGAUAUUUAAUCUCAUUCUGUUUAGGUGCAUCUGUGCAGCCAGGAACCAAUAUGGAAUGAUAUCAGUGGUAGGACCAGCUUUUGUAAACAGGGAGGUGACACUGAAAGCAACACCGUUCCAUCCUUGGGGAUGUGAUGUAGCAUGGAGAUACAUAAUGGAUGGUAAUACAUAUGUCCAAACAAUGAAUGGGGCAGAUGUUAAAAGAUCUUCGGAAGAUGGGUCAUUCUUCUUGAAAUGGAAGGCUUCGUCUGAAUACAACGGAUCUAUUUUCUACGCCGAAUGUUCAUCAAACAAAACAAUUAGAACAACAAUAACAUCUUUAAAUAUGAAAGAUAUUGAAGGCCAAUGUGGAGCACUCAUGAUUCUAAGUCCGGUUGUUCGAGGCGCGGAAGUCAAACUUGGAUAUUUUCCGUCAGAUCAAUCCAUAAAGCGCAAAGAGUUUACAUGGAAAUGGAAGAAAGACAUGCAUGAGCUACAGCUUCGAAAUGGUUCUUACGAAGAGGACGUAUUGUCUAAUUAUUUGUACAUAUUGACUAUAUUCAAUUUCAGAGAAACAUUUGAAGGCUCAUAUAUUUUAAAUUGCAAUUUAGAAAGCUACACGAAUCUUGUGCAACUUCAAAUUUCAGACAAACCAAGUUACCCAGUUCUCGGUCCAAUGUCCCCCGACUUUAUUACAACAGAAUGUAUCUAUGUAUAUAGAGACUCCCACGUUUAUUGCAAAACUGAACUUGGAAUCGAACCCGAACCCGUGCAAGUGUUACUUUUAAUAGGACAGGAUUCAUUUGUUCUUCCUGAAAGCGAAGGGAACAAAGGGUCGUACCGAUUUCAUAACGUCAAUCUACAAAUGGCUGGACUGUCAAGACAGAAUGUGACAUGUCAGGUUUUUUAUUCAUCCCUCGAAACACCCUACGAAGUGCAUGGGACUUUAUGUAACGUAGAAAAAGGUAACCCGCCCGUGCUAACACUUCCUGAAUUUCUUGAUGGAGAAAGCUCGACAACAAUAUGUGAUGUGCACAAUGCUAUACCAGCUCCUGAAAUAAAAAUACACGUUGGUACAGUCUUGCUUGCUGAUGUAGACCAAACUGAUAUAUAUAAUGAAUCUUCUCAUACUUAAACAAGUCGAGCGAAGGUGACAAAGACUCAUAAAACUUGGAAUGGAAAAGAAUUGUGUUGCACUAGCCAAAGCAAAGUAGACAUUGGUUUUAAAAAUGUAUCAAUAUGCCGAAACAUCAGUAUGACAUAUCCGCCAUCGGACCUUUCCAUAUGCGUAAACAAAAUACAUAUAUAUAACAACAAUGUUUCAGUCCGUUUCUUAAGUUUGUCUUGUGAAACAAAUCAAAAAUCAUGCAAAAUUGAAUGGUCAAAUGACAACGAUGAUUUGAGAUACGUUCUUAGGAACAAUUGGACUUAUGGUAAAAGUGGGAAUUACCGUUCCUUUUCCAACGUGCUUUACAAAGUGGUCCAAGACAGUGUUGGGAGGACCAUAACAUGUUCAACAAGAUGCGAUUAUUUCCCAUUGCAUUUGAAUAAAAGCUAUAAAGUAUCUUGUUCAGAAACAACCACCAACCCUGCAGCCGUUGUAGGCCAACAAUGGCAAAUGUCGGUCCUUUAUGCUUUAUCAGGAGCCUUACUACUUUCACUAGCAACAACGUUGACCGUGCUUCUCUUUCGUCGAUUCAAACCUCAUGCGUAUGAAACGUUUCUACACCGAAGAAGACCUGAAGGUAUCGACCCUAGUAGCCAUGUGUACGAUGCUGUUCAGCCUUCUUUUCAGACAACUGCGCUUCACGAUCUAAAAAAACUAUCUGCGAGUGCCUCUGAGAACACAUCACCACAAUUGGUUAUGGAAGAACACCAAGUAUCUUCCAACAAAAUCGUUUGCCACUACGAUUAUGUUGAUCCCCCAUCCGACGCCCAUGACCAUGGAAAUCAUACACCGGCUGGGACUUAUAUCCACGCUAUAUAAAGCAACAAAUGUGACUAGUUGAAUUAAUCAGGCAUAAUAUUUCAAAUAUAUUUAAUCAAUUCGGAUUUGUGUUUUGUUUUGGAAAUCCUAUGAGCAUUAAGUAAACCAUGUAUACAUGAAGAUGAUAAUGAUGAUUACAACCGAAGUACUAACGGUAUACACACAGCCAAUGUGAAAAAACAAUUAAAUUUCCCUUAAUGGACAUUAAGGUAUUUAAACUUAAGCGAAGUAAUACGCUUGAAUGCAGUGAUUUAUGUUCUAUUAUUGAUAAGCAUAUUGUAUUAUGUUAAACGGAAACAAGGGACAGUGAUGUGUUUACAGGGAGUGGAUUUUAAAAAAGCUGUAUUAAAGGCAUCACUAGAUUUUCAGGUGGCAUAAUUUUAUAUAUUUAUGAGAAACUAGAAAGCUAUAUACGGAAUGCAUAUAUCAGGCAUUUGAAAUAAUAAAGUGUUAGUGUAAAUACACCGUAAUUUUUUUCCAUACUUUUGUCAAUAUUUGUAAAUAUAUAUUUUUAUGAAAAUUCUGGGCUUUACUUCGUAUAUAUUAAAAAAGUAAAUAUAUGUUAUAUACUUAUAAGACAUUUUCUACAAUCAAGGCAUAACAUAGAAUAUGUAUUAUACACAUAUAAUUCUAACUAAUUAUACGAACGAAAUGAUUAUAGAAUCAUAUAUUACUAGCUACCACAGUGUGUUUGAAUGAUUAUAUUCAUAUAACGAGUCACAUGUUAUGGAAACUAUUUUUUUGGUAUUAUAGUCAUCUAGAUAACUUUUGAUUGCCAAGUCCUAACGUUUGCUUAGGGUGUUUCGUUUUUGUCUUUGGCUUGGAAAAGGGUACAUAUAUAGCAACAACGUUUAAGGAUAAAUUGUUUAGUAGAAUUUUAAAUAGUUAUCAAAUGUUUGUAAUUCUGCUUAGCUAUGAUAAGUGAUGAGCCAAAAUAUUUAGUUGUUAGUUAAAAAUUAUAUAGUAUCAUACCUUAAAUUAUAAUUUACUGAUUUAAAUUUAUUUGCACAUAUUAUAAUUGUCAUUAUGUAUAUGUUGUAUCAAACUAAUUGUUUAAUUUGACAUCCGUUCAUACUGCACUAUAUGUCUUGCAUUGUAUGUAUUGUU